AUGGCAUUGGAUUUGUUUUUAGCCUUCUCAAUGUGCUGUUUAUCCACGUUUGUUAUGAUUAAUACAAACGCCAAUCCCCAGGUUAGCUCACUAUCUGUAUCAACUGCUAAACCUCACAGAUUUGUCUCUAAAUUGAUUCACCCUCACUCUGUUCACCAUCCAUUUUAUGACCCGAAUGAAACAAAAGAAGACCGGAUAGAACAUGACAUCAAGCGUUCACUUGCACGUGUUGCCUCCUUGCAAUCAAGGAUUGGGGGUUCUUUAGCUUCACAUGAUCAACAAGCUAGUCUCUAUGCCUCAGCAUCACAUUCAACCAUGCUGGCCAAUAUCUCAAUUGGCCAUCCCCCUGUCCCACAACUUCUAGUUAUGGACACUGGCAGUCCAUUAUUGUGGAUUAUGUGUGUCCCUUGCUCGAAUUGUGCCCAAUAUCCCGGUCAAAUUUUUAAUCCUUCACUGUCUUCUACCUAUUCCCCACUAUGCAACUCAGCCCCUUGUCAUUAUAACAGCUCAAAUCAAUUUCAAUUCAAUAUCACUUAUGCAGACAGGACCUUCACAUCAGGAACACUUGCCCUUGAACAGCUAGUAUUUGAGACACCUAAUGAAGGGAUUGAAGUAUUCAAAGUAGUGUUUGGGUGUGGCCACAACUUUUGGUCAAACAGAGAGCCAGGAUAUAAUGGAAUACUAGGACUGAACAAUUAUAAUCUGGCUCUGGCUUCUCAAACUGGCAAAAAAUUCUCUUACUGCAUAGACAGUAUCACUGGCAGUAAUUUUGAUCACAGCCACUUGAUAUUUGGUGAAGGAGCCUAUCUUGAAGGCUACUCAACACCUUUUGAAGUGUUCGAUGACAUGUAUUAUAUCACCAUGGAAGGCAUAAGUGUGGGAGAAAAGAGCAUUAACGUAGCCCCAAAAACUUUUGAGAGAAAACCAGAUGGCACAGGUGGAGUCAUCAUAGACUCGGGUUCUACAUUUUCCUUCCUAGUUUAUGAAGGGUACAAAGUACUACUCAGAGAAAUUAGAAGUCUCUUAGAUGGGUCCUUUGGAGGAGUUCGCUAUGCAGGAGAGCCAUGGCUAUUGUGCUAUUUGGGGACUGUGAGCAGAGAUUUGGUUGGAUUUCCAGUGGUCACAUUCCAUUUUGCUGAAGGUGCAGAUUUGGUCUUGGACACAGAAAGCCUCUUUAUACAGAGGAAGAAUGACACCUUUUGCAUGGCUGUGGCUCCUAUCAACGUCGUUGAUCUCAGGUCUAAGCCUUCUAUUAUAGGCUUAUUAGCUCAGCAGAGUUACAAUAUCGGAUAUGACCUCAAUGAUAAGGAUAUUUACUUCCAAAGAAUUGAUUGUGAACUUCUUAGUGGCUGA